AUGCACCUGAGAGGAAACGGGCUUUUGGAAACCAUCGAUAGUUCGAAAACGGUGUCGGAUGAGAAAAAGGCUAAAGCCAUGAUAAUUUUACGACACCACAUCCAUGAUGGUUUAAAAGAUGAAUAUAUUACGAAAGAGGAUCCUUGUGACCUCUGGAAAUCUUUAGAAGAGAGGUUCGAUCACCAGAAAUAUGUGAUCUUACCGAAAGCUAAACACGAGUGGAUCUAUCUCCGGUUCCAGGAUUACAAAAGUGUUAGUGAGUUUAAUUCCGCGAUGUUUGGAAUUACUUCGAGGAUGAUGUUAUGUGGAGAGAAAAUAAGUGAUUAUGAUAUGAUCGAGAAAACUCUCUCCACGUUCCAUCCUGAAAAUGUAAUCAUGCAGCAACAGUACCGGGUGAAUGGAUAUACCCGUUACUCGGAGUUGAUGCAAGUCCUCCUUGUAGCGGAGCAGAAUAAUCAACUCGUGACUUUAAACCAUCAAGCUCGUCCCACUGGAUCUGCUCCAUUCCCUGAAGCGAAUGUUGCAUCAUCCAGUUAUGAUAAUAGAAGAGGACGAGGUCGUGGACGUGGUGGAAACCGUUAUCAUGGUUGGUAUCAGAGCUUUUCUACGUCAAAACUCAAGAAAACAUUAUUGCCGUACAAUUACGACCAGCUCAUGUUCCAGCGUCUCCACACCAUCCGACAAGGAACUCGUUCCGUAGCCGAAUACUCUACGGAGUUCUUUCUACUCCUCACCCGCGUUGACAUUCAAGACUCUGAGCGUCAACUUGUAGCACACUUCACGGCAGGUCUUCGUCAACAGAUUCAACAUACCAUCAACCUCUUUCACCCUCUCACGUUGUCUGAAGCCCAUCAACAAGCUCUAACUAUAGAAACUCAAACAAAGUCAUCUUUCUCAUGGACCACUACAAGACCAUCACGACCUGCAACACUUCAACAGCAACAAAACCCAACCGAGGAUGUUACCCCAACCAAGCCAGAAACGGAACUGGUUCCGCUUGCCGACACACGAAACAAUCGCCCAAGCUCUCUCCGUUGUUUCUCUUGCGGAGAAAUUGGACACCGUCAAGCGAAUUUUCCUACGCGCAAUCGCCGUGGCCUGCUCUUGGAUACAGCUUGUAAUGACGUUGAAGUUAUAUAUGACGACGAUAUGGAAGAGACGGUCGACGAACCAGAGGUUCUUCACGCCGAUUGUGGACCUGCUCUGAUGGUUCGACGAUUUAUAAUCGAUUCGGGCAGUAGUGAGAACGUAAUCGCAGAAGAAGUGGUCACCAAGUUACAACUACCCACUGAACUCCAUCCUUAUCCGUAUAAACUCGCAUGGCUUGACCAGAAAACAGAUUUGCUUAUCACCCGACGAUCAUUGAUUUCCUUCUCCGUGGACGACGCGUAUAAAGACCAGAUUCAUUGUGACGUUGCACCAAUGGAUGCGUGUCACCUCCUUUUGGGACGUCCGUGGAUAUUUGAUCGCCGGAUUCAGCAUGAUGGGUUCCUUAGUACUUAUAGUUUCCGUUUCAACAAUCGGACGUUUACACUUCAACCUUCCGAACCCGAGAAGCAUACCACGCAGUCCUCUCCAGUACUCAUUCUCGAACGAAAGCCAUUUGUCACAGAGAUGCGUAAAGAAGGGCUUGUGUUGAUUCUUGUCAGUACCACCACAUCUCGCGCCAAAACCAUGUGGCCCGAUGCAUUCACUCCUUUGUUAGACGAAUUUAAAGACGUCUUUCCUGAUGACUUGCCCACCGGACUACCACCUCUCCGCGAUAUUCAGCAUCACAUAGACCUGGUUCUUGAUGCAAUCUUACCUAACAGAGCUCAUUAUCGUAUGAGUCCAAGUGAACAUGAAGAGCUACGAAGACAAGUCGAGGAGCUUAUCUCUAAAGGAUUUUUGCGCGAAAGUUUAAGUCCAUGUGCAGUUCCAGCUUUAUUAAUACCAAAAAAAGAUGGAUCAUGGCGUAUGUGUGUGGACAAUCAAACCAUAAACAAGAUAACAGUCAGAUAUCGGUUCCCUAUACCUCGUCUUGAUGACCUCCUUGAUCAAAUUGGAGCCGCGUCGAUCUUCUCUAAACUCGAUUUGAAGAGUGGGUACCACCAGAUUCGUAUCCAACCCGGUGAUGAAUGGAAAAUGGCAUUCAAGACCCGUGAAGGACUUUUUGAGUGGCUUGUAAUGCCAUUUGGAUUGUCUAAUGCACCUAGUACCUUCAUGCGUGUCAUGAAUCAAGCACUUCGUCCUUUUAUUGGGAAAUUUGUUGUGGUCUACUUCGACGACAUCCUUAUCUUCAGUAUGACGCUGGACGAUCACAUCAACCACCUCCGUGAAGUCUUACUCGUCCUUCGCCGUGAUCAGUUAUUUGCAACGCUUAAGAAGUGCGAGUUUGGAUCCGAGCAAGUUCACUUCCUUGGCUACAUUGUUUCUUCUAAGGGUUUGGCCGUGGAUCGAGCCAAAGUAGAAGCGAUUCAGUCCUGGCCUGUGCCGACGACUUUAUCAGAAACAAGAAGCUUUCACGGUCUUGCUUCUUUCUACAGACGUUUCGUACCUCAGUUUAGUAGUCUCAUGGCUCCAAUGAUGGACUGUAUUCGUCGUGAGGGUACAUUUUUGUGGACUCCGGAAGCAUCGCACGCCUUUACUAUCAUCAAACAAAAUCUCAGCUCCGCCCCUAUCUUGGCAUUACCUGAUUUUUCACAGGUAUUUGAGCUUCACACCGAUGCUUCCAAAUUCGGUAUUGGUGCAGUCUUGAGUCAGCGAAAUCGUCCCAUCACUUUCUUUAGUGAGAAGCUUAGUGGUGCUCGUCUCCGUUACAGUACUUACGAUGUGGAGUUCUACGCAGUUGUUCAAGCAAUCAAACAUUGGCGACAUUAUCUUUUUCACAAAGAAUUCGUCCUCUUUACCGAUCAUGACGCCCUAAAGCAUCUCAACAAUCAAGAUAAGGUUUCCUCCCGUCAUGCUGCAUGGGUUGCCUAUUUAUAG